GGUUCAGUAUUCAAAAUACAACAUGACAUUUCAUUUGACUAUAACCUGUUACCGAAAUAAUAUUACAACUUACGCUUAACUAUGUCUUUGUUUAAAACAAAAGAAUGGUGGAGGACAAAUUUUGAUACUAAUGAACGAUUUUAUAAUCAAAAACUUUUGGUAGCUCCUUUAUUAAGUUAUCAAAAGGAAGAUGUUAUUGUCAUUGGUAACAGCAAAGGUAUUUUAAAAAUAUACAAUAUACUAUCUCGAUGGAUUGAAAUGAAAUUUCCUAUUUCCUAUUCUUCAAAUGACUUAAUAAUUGAAACACAGUUAUCUGACUGUAUUAUGGACUUAAAGGCUGGAAAAUUCGUGUCAGGUUCACAAAAAUGUUAUUUAGCUGUUUUGAUGCCAAUGAAGUUAUGUAUCUUUGAUGUUUAUUUAAUAGAAGAAUCAUUUGGUUUAGGUGACAAAUAUAAUCUAGAAAUAAAAUACGAACGUGAGUUGUUUUCAAUUUCAAUGUCUUUGACAACUGGACCAUUCGGAAGAGUUACAGAUAAAGACCUAUUGUGUGUUCAGUUUGCAGAUGGAACUCUUCUUUUUCUAGAUCAAGAACUAAAUUCUUUUACUCAAAUAUUGCAGUGUCGUUUACAACAUGAGCCCUUAUUAUAUCUGGAAGCAAACGAUAUAUUCAUAACGCAAAACUCUGACUGGGUACUAUCAUUUUACAAAUACCACAAUAUUGUAGAAUUUGGGAAAAGUUUAAAUCAAAAAACGAAAAACAUGAAAUCAAUUGAGCCAGACUACAGAUAUAAUUUAGGAGAAACAUUAUUAGCUGUGAAUUCUGUUAAGCUUAGUACAAUUGCUACAGGAAUUGUUAUUGUUACUGAGAGAGGUUUAUACAUAUUUCAUGAUGUUAAUUUAUCUCUUAAGCAUGCAAAGCGAAUUUCAUUUAAUGUAUUUUGUGUACAUACCUACAUUGUUGAACCUGAUGGUAAAUUACUGUCUGUGUUAGUCACGGAGUCAAAAUCAAUAAAAGUAUAUGAAAACUUAUCACUAAAGUGGUCAGCCGAAGUAUCUUUUACACCUGUAGCAGUUGCAAUUGUCCGGUCACAGGAUAUUAAAGGUCUAAUAGUAAUGUUAUCAGAAGAUGGAAAUUUAGAAUUAGGAUAUUUAGGUUCUCAUCCAUCACUUAAUAUUGCUCCAUCUAUUAAUCGUAAGCGAUACAACUAUGUGGAUGCAGAGAAACAACUUCUACAUCUGCGUACAGAAAUUAAAAAUUGUCUCCUUCAUGGUAAUAGUUCAAGUACCAGUGCAUCUUUAGAUAGUUGUUUAAAGUUUAGUAUUGAUAUUAAAAAAAAUUAUGAUACUUCUAACAGAAAGGUUUUAAAAAUAAAUAAUAAAGAAAAAGAGUCAGAAUUUAACAUUGUUAUGAAUCUGUAUUCUGAUAUCGUUAUUAACAAUAUCCAAUUGUAUAUUGAAGUUUUUAAGCCGUGGUAUUUACAACAAGAUAACUUAGCCUUAAUGUCUUUAAGUGGACAGUUCAAUUCUAAAAUACCUCUUGAUUUAGAAAGCAAUGCAAUGAUAUUAUCACCUGAAGUGGAUAUUACAAUAACAUAUGAAAUCGAUCAAUUUGAUAUAUAUAUUUUGAAGGCUGCCUAUUUACUGGAUUUAAAGGCUAUAUGGAAUAUCUGUCACCAACAAGUUCUAGGAAAAUUCAAUACAGCAAUUCAGCUAGGUUCAUCCGGUCGAGAACUGUGUGCUAAAAUUCUAAACGAUUGCAUCGGUGACUAUCCUCGUGAUGAAAUUGCUAAAUCUGUGAGCAUGCAACUUCUUCAACAAGAACAUUUUGUGACAAUAAAUUGCAAUUUAUUACUCAAUCAAAUUGACAUCAGCUCUAACAAUGAAUUGAUGAUGCUAUUUUUCACAAGCCAUUUUUUCAAUAAAAUAUUAGAAAAAUUAAGUAGAAAUCUUGGUAUACCUAUCGAACCUUCUAAAAUAUAUUUUCUUAUGGAAUAUCUACAGAUUUAUUGUGUAGCACGUCACAAUAUGCAAAAAACUAAGAAUGAAAUUACUUUAUUGAUGCAUCAAUUACGGAGUAUUGUUAAGAAAACAAUGCAAGUGAAAGAUCGAAAUCAUCAUUCAUCAACAAAUACAAAAUUAAUAUUAUGUUAUAAAAUGAUCUGUCAAUCAAUAAUACAACAAAUUGGCCUCUUUGCGAAAUAUGAAGAGGAGUGCAGUAUUGCUGCUGACAGCUUUUACUCCACACUACGGAUAAUAUUAAACUUGUUAAGGAUAAACACACCUACUGAUAUGUGGUCCAAAUUGGAUUCAGCAGUAUGCUUUCCUCUUCAAGCUGAUAAUAGUGCAACGUGGGAAGACACAACAAAAUAUGCGUUUGGUACUAUAUUUCAGGAAUCACUGCAGAAAUUUAGCAAAGGAUCUCAAUUUGUUUCUACUGAAAAGUUUUAUUCAUUACAGGACAUAAUUAAUAUUGGAGACAAUUUUUUACAGAUUAUUGAUAAAGUCCAUGAAAAAGAAUAUAAUAUAUAUUGAUAGUAAACUUAAUCCAUGUUACAUCUUUAAUUUGGGAACUGGAGUGUUCUCAAAAAAUUGUCUCCUGUUUCUUACGAAACUAAUAAUAAUAGUGAUGAGUAAUAAUAAUAGUCAUAUUCAUUUCUUAUUAUAUUAUUUAUAUACAUUUUUUAAAAAUAUUUAUUAAAACUGAUGAAAUUAAAAUAUCGUGCCUUUGUCAGAAUAUUUAAGUAAUUUAUAACACAAAAAAAUUGUUUAAGGAAUGCAGACAAAGUUAUGUAUUUUUUAUAUAAUAAUUUUAAAUUAUCGAAAAAUAUGGACAUACUUAUAUGUUAAGACUUUUAUCUGUAUAUAAAAUAUAAAUAAUAUUCACUUAAUUUUUUAUAACUAAUUAACCACAUCAGCAGCAUGGGUUUUAUGAGGAAGCAAAGUGUUAAUGAAAUUAAUAUAAAAAUUCAUGACUACACUGUAAAACGAGAGGUAUUAAAUUAAUACCAACUUUAGGUACUAAAUUGCCUUUUGGUUCUAUUUUAAUACCUAAAAUCGGUACUAUUUUAGUACCUUCUUUUUACAGUGUAAAUAACGUAACCAAACCAUUACUUAUGUAAGUUUAAAUCCAUGUACGUGUCUCACAGAUUGUGCUCCAAUAAGGAAUUAUUAAUUUUAAAAUAUUCUUCAAAUGUUUUAAAUCUACGUAAAAUAAACAAUUAGCAAAGUUAGUUGGGGGGAAAAAGUUGUAAAAGAAGUAUAAAAUAAUUAUACUGAUGUAUUUUUUAAUUUCUAUUUUUCAAAACAUAUGAGUACAUUUAACAUAAUUAUCACAUAUUUUCUAACAUACAAUGUUUCCAAAAAAAACUUGAUUCAAUAACUCUUUUCAUACAUAAAAUUAAUAUUAAUAUUGUCGUUUUGGCAGAGUAUUAUACUUUAUUAUUUCUGGAUUGUGGCCAAUACUAUACACAACUUCAGUUGACAUUUGAAUAUUAUAUACAGCUUUUCAAUGACAAUUUUUUCAUUUAAUGUUAACUAAUAAAAAAUUUAU